AUGUGCAAGAAAGCCAUCCGAUACGCCGUGGUGGACGCCUUCGCGACCGAGCCGUUCAAGGGCAACCCCGCCGCGGUGUGCCUCCUCGACGACGACAACGCCGCGGACGAGCGGUGGAUGCAGUCCGUCGCCACCGAGUUCAACCUCUCCGAGACCGCCUUCCUCGUCCGCGACUUGUCCCGGCCCGCCAGCGCCGCGCCGCUCUUCCACCUUCGAUGGUUCACCCCCGUCACCGAGGUCGACCUGUGUGGGCACGCGACGUUGGCCUCCGCCCACUUCCUCUUCACGGCCGUUCUGCCGGAGCAUGGCAUGAUCGAGUUCAUGACCAAAUCCGGCAUCCUGACUGCGAAGAAAGUUCCUGCGCCAGGGGGCGCAGGCGAGGCCCACGGGAAGCUGUUUAUUGAGCUGAAUUUCCCCAUGAUUGAUUUCCUGGACUGCAACGAGAUGCCGUCGAUUCCAGAGACCCUAAACGGCGCACCAGUGGUCAGUGUUCACAAAUCGGCGGCCGACGGUGAUCUCAUUGUGGAACUUUCUUCAGCAAAAGAGGUUGCCGACAUCCUUCCUAACAUCGAAGAAAUUAAGAAGUUGUCAUGUGGUGGUAUCAUGGUUACAGGACCGGCACCUGCUGGAUCUGGUUAUAACUUCUUCACACGUUUAUUCUGCCCGAAAUUUGGGAUGGAUGAGGACCCUGUUACUGGCAGUAUACAUUGUGUAUUGGGACCCUUUUGGGGUAGAAAGCUUGGGAAGCAAAAACUGACGGCAUUUCAAGUAUGCUUUCGACGUUUUAAUUGUUUGGAUGCAUCUCCAAGGGGUGGAACGCUAUACCUGGAACUGGAUGACGCAAAUCGGCGAGUGAAAAUCCAAGGAGAAACCGUUACUGUCAUGUCCGGGACACUCCUGGUGUAA